AUGUACUGCACGAUGGACGAAAAAAUUAGAAAUUCACAAUUCAGAGCAGAAUUUAAGACGAAAGCUCAUCAGCAUUGCAUGAAAAGACUUAAAUUCUAUGUUCAUAACUUCUCCACAAGUGGCCUCAAUGAUAACUCUUUAGUUGAAGAGGAGAUUUGCAAGACAACUUGGAUAAAUGACUAUCUGAAAGCUGUCAAAAGUCAUAGUAAAGAAGUUCACGGUCUACGUAGAAGCCUUUCAGCUUGCAAUAUCAAUGAAAAGAGGAACAAAUACAUUGUGAACGAAAGUAUUCCUGAUGCUACGAAGACUUUGUGGCCAAUGGAACCUAAGUUAAUGCAAGAGGCAGAUGAUUUUAUCGCACACAAGCUGGGCUUGUUUAACACUGAAGCUGAAACUCCGGAACACAUGGAAACUGUCGGAAAUCAUAUUGUCGAACUUGGAACUAUUUAUGGUCCUGAAAGAUUUUAUGUGAGAACACCAGGCACCUCAGAAGAUGAAAUCUCGAGAACUCUGGCGAAUUUCAAUAUUAAUCCUCGGAAAAUCCAAGAAAUGACUGCAGUGAGUACCCUUACAGAGUUGCCGUCUCCGUCUCUUCUUGCGUUUUGUAAUGAGACGGAUCAGGUUCUGAGAAGAGUUUGCUAUAUGAAAGACAAAAAUAAUAAUGGCUUCUACUUGUAUGAUUUCGAUUAUGGAAACGUGUGUCACAUGGAUUCCUUUGAUUAUCUCUCUUUGAAACAUCUUCCUGCUGAUCUGUGUGUUUAUCAACCAUUAUACAGUCCCGUUCGAUUGGUUAACAAGGUUUCGGAAUUGGAUUUCACACGAUACAUCAAUAAUCUGAGGAAGACUGGGUUCCUGUACAUCGUUGGAUUUGUAGGCCCGGAAGUGCAGGCAGCGAUUACAUCAGAAUUGCAAAUGCCAAAUCCAUGUCGCCGUUUCUGUGACUAUCUCUACUGUCAAGGAGAUUGCUUUUUAAUAUAUGAAGAAAAACAAAUGCGGCGUCAAAAUCCUCAUAUGUGA